GUUUGGUGCUCAGGUAAACAAACGGCGUAAACGUCAUACUAGAGACAUGAAGCUUGUCCUUCUCAAGUUCUUACUUUUAGAAUAGGUCAGAAAAUGCUAUAAUGCGAUAUGACAGAUUCUUUCCGUUCAAUAAACCCAACAGAGAUCACAGCCUUUCACGAGGAUUACAAUCGAAUUUAAGUUUGGCUAUGACUUUGCAUUCGUUCUGCUGAGACAGGAAAAGAGUCACAUGAAUUUAAGCUGAAGAUGGCGGAGCAGUAUUCAGCAUCACCAGGACGCGUCAGGGAUUUGCAAGUUUCAGAACAUUUGGCCCCUUCUGAUGCGGGUGGAAUGUCACAGCAACAAGACAAUAACGGACAUUACGCCAGCAGCCCAGAAGAAUCGUUCUCUCCUACCUCGGUCAUAUACUUUAAAGAGGCAUUAAGCUCUGGGAACAUACAGUUCACAAAGCGGGAGCCCCAGCUUCCUGAAUCACCACAGUAUGAGUUUCAGAUUCAGAAAAUCAGGAGUAAAAAUCCCAAAGACCCAAUCGCCAUCGAGAGGCUCAACCUGAUGAACAUGGCCAAGCUGAGCAUUAAGGGCCUGAUCGAGUCCGCCCUCAACCUGGGCCGGACCCUGGACUCGGACUACGCCCCCCUCCAGCAGUUCUUCGUGGUGAUGGAGCACUGUCUGAAGCACGGCCUGAAAAGCAAGAAGACGUUCCUUGGGCAGAACAAGUCUUUCUGGGGCCCUUUGGAGUUGGUGGAGAAGUUAACCCCAGAAGCAGGUGAAAUAACAGCCAGCGUGAAGGAGCUUCCAGGUCUGAAAACACCCCUGGGAAGGGGUAGGGCAUGGCUUCGUCUGGCCCUGAUGCAGAAGAAACUGUCCGAUUAUAUGAAGACCAUAAUCAACCGGAAGGAUUUGCUCAGUGAGUUCUAUGAAGCAAAUGCCUUAAUGAUGGAGGAAGAAGGAGCUGUGAUCGCGGGCCUGUUGGUGGGGCUCAAUGUUAUUGACGCUAACCUCUGCAUGAAGGGAGAAGAUCUAGACUCUCAGUUCGGCAGCAUGUGGAACCGAGUCGGUGUUAUAGAUUUCUCCAUGUACCUAAAGGACGGAGGCCACAGCAGCAAAAGUGCAGAAGGUGAUGGACAGAUAACCGCCAUUCUUGACCAGAAGAAUUACGUUGAAGAACUAAAUAGACAUUUGAGUGCCUCGGUCAACAAUCUCCAAGCUAAAGUGGAUGCCCUCGAGAGGUCCAAUUCAAAGUUAACAGAAGAGCUUGCAGUUGCUAACAACCGGAUCAUCACUCUUCAGGAGGAUCUGGAACUGGUAAAGGAGGAGAGUUCUCACAUGCUGGAGUCCAAUCGCAAGGCGUCAAAACCUGAUGACGUGGCGGAUGGCCAGGUCCUGGGAGAGGCGCGCAAACAGCUCAAGGAGGAAACCCAGCUGCGAUUGGACGUGGAGAGAGAGCUGGAGCUCCAGAUUGGGAUGAAGCAGGAGAUGGAGCUCUCCAUGAAGAUGCUGGAGAAGGACAUCUGCGAGAAGCAGGACGCCCUGGUGGAGCUUCGGCAGCAGCUGGACGACCUGCGCACCCUCAACCACGAGCUAUCCCACAAGUCCCAGGGUACAGAGGUCGCCGUGAAACAGAAGAGUGAAAUAAUCAGCCGCUUGGAAGACAAGGCCAACCAGAUGGCAGCAACUAUCAAACAGCUGGAACAGAGAUCCAGGCAGGCCGAGCGGGAGCGGGACCUGGCCAACGAAGCCAACCGGCUCUUCAAGCAGGAGUUUGGUGACAAGAUCGAGAGCCUGCAGCUGGAGGUGGAGCAACUGAUGAAGCAGAGGCAUGCAUUGGGGAUGGAGUUGAAGAAAGAAAGGGAACGGAAGGGCGGGGCUGCCCACAUCGACACCCCAUCAGGGGAGAAGCCGCCCCCCUCCCCACAGAAAGAUGUCAAGAAGCAGAUGGAGGACAUAAGAAAGGAGUUGGAGGCAGUCAGGAAAGAGAACGAUCAACUGCGGACAGUGUUGGAGAAGGAAAGUCUUGGUUCGAACACGUCGUUGUCACAAACUGAGGAUGAUCAGGAUCAGUCAUUAACUGAAGACAUUCAGCCAUCAAUCUGCAAUAUGUGUGAGGAGACGGACUCUCUGACAAGAACCAAGAGACAGUGCGAGAACUGCAGCGAGGUGUUCUGCGAGAGCUGUCUGGCCAAUGAGCUGCCUCUGCCCUCUUCAAUCAACCCGGUCCGAGUCUGCAACACCUGCCACUCAAAGCUGCUGCAGCAGUACGCUUCAAGCCCAUCCUGACCCUCCAGGGAAACCCAAGAAACACAGCUGAUCAAUAAACACACAGUAUCAUUAUCGAGAAAUACCAGACAGGGAAGCAGCGUGACUAUUAGAGUCCUUUUGAGUCUAUGAACCUGGACGGGUAUGAAUUUCACACAUUAUAAGGACUGGCCUCUGGUUGUACAUUUUUGGUAGAAAGGGCGUGAAUCAUUGUGUGAAAGUUUUUAUCAGUGUUGCGCAUGUUCAUGUCUACAUUCAUCACGGUAACAUGGAACGAAUGGCGAACCGCAAAUGUCCACUAAGUGGAUCGAAACUGCACUCGUGCAGGCCAAUACAACUUCCUCUAGCACAAACUUUAUGGAAUAUUAUAUUAAUAAAACAGUAUCUGGGGUGAUUUGCAAUUGUAAUACUUGAAUUGCUCUGAGUUCCUUUCCCCUGUCCUUGUCCCACAACCCUGCUGUGAACAUUAUAUCUUAAGUCAAGACAGAUUAUGAUAUGCAUUUGUGAUGCAGUUAGCAUGCCAGUCUUACCUUGGCCUUUUCCCAUUACGAAACACAAAUUCUAUCUACUUUAUUUCAAGAAGCUACCAAAACAUAAUGGUGUUUCCAAAAGGGUGACAGUGCAUUGCGCACAGUGGUUUCAUUCUGCGUUUUAGCAAUAAUUAUUCUUCAGUAGUAGUUGCUUUUGUUGAAUUGCUGAAUGUCUCAUAAUGCACAAACUGAAUUCGAAUCGGACACCAUUUCCCCAGGGACUUUACUUUUAAUAGCAUUUAUGCUUUUUUUCCCCCAUUUCGGCAACUUUUCUCCAGUAACCACUGUGUUUGUCUUUCACAGUGUCGGACUCUGGGUAAAACAUGGAAUGUGCGUCAUAUCAAAGAUAGCUACUUUAAUUAAAGCAUUGUACAAUCAUGAUUUAUCUGCAUUGCUUUGAGUCCUGGGAGCUUUUCUCAUUACUUUGUGGCUACAAGCUGUUGUAACUGGAAAUUAUGGUGUAAUAUUUUGCUGGGGUUAAUUUCAAAGGAUUGCUGAACAAUAAACGUUUUAUUGCAGAAAAA